UCCACCGUCACUGUUGUGUAUGACUGUGGUCUUUAGUGGGGCGGUGUAGUUUGGUGGAAGUUAGGCGAAAAUCAGGUGUGCUUCCCUUCACCCUUCUUCAAUAAAUGCCCCUUCUUUCAUAUUCUUCCCAGCUGUUUCUUAUCAAUUGUGAGGUGAGCUACACAAUACCCACCAAAAACUCUUCCCUUCAAUUUCUCUGAUAUAUACCCAUAAAACCCAUCAAUUUGAUGCAGAAGUGAUCAUUUUUUUUUAUCAAAGAAAGACAACCCACAUCAAGUCAUCCCCAUAUUUCUACGAUCUGUUGUGUCACUUUCAUUUUCUUGCUUCUUUUAGUUCUUUUCUUGUGUUUUGAAGAGAGGCAACUGUGAGUUUUGUCAUUGAUUUCCUCAAAGGUGUAUUGGUUUGUUGUUAUCGAAGUUCAUUGAUUCCGAGAAUAAUCUAUUGGUCUAUGUAUUUGGACACAGCAAAUUGAUGGGUAUUUAUUAGUUUUUUUUCCUUUCCAAAACUUGUUUCAAGGACCACUUCAAAGCUCCGUGAUUAUCGCCAAUCCAAAACACUCUUGCUUCCACCGACAGAUCGUUCUUUGUAGUUUGUUGAUUAAAGAAAUUUAUUUAUUUAUUUCCAAUUUAUAUUUAUCUAUGCCCUGCCCUUGUUUGUAUAUGUAGCUGCAAAAAACACCAUUGCUUCUUUCAUUCCAUUCCUUUGAGACCUUACUGAAAGACCCAUUUGAGGUUUCUCUCAAAUCCAAAUGAUUUUCUUUGUGAUUUCUUGUUUUCCAUUCAUCCUAUUGCUUUCCAAGUCUUUCUCUCUCAAGAGACUUCAAGCCUGGAAUACUGGGAUAAGGGUAUCAUCACUAUCCUGGUUUUGGAUAGAAUUAUCCCAUUUUCUCAACUCAUCUUUCACAAAAAACCCAAUUGAUAUUACUUCUUUUGAAGUUUCCACAAUCCCCCCACUGGUGAACCAAUCUGUUAGUUCAGAACUAGAGAAUAUGGAGCAAGAAGAGGGGAUUUCCUUGUUGGAUUUGCCUGAAUUGGCCUUAGAAUCCAUUUUAGAGCGGCUUUCAACAGCCGAAUUGUGUAGUAUGGCAAGAGUGUGCAGUGCUUUGAGAGAUAGGUGUACUAGUGAUCAUCUAUGGGGUAGACACAUGAAACAAAAAUGGGGUAAUUUAAUUGGUCAAGUUGCCUUUAGAGAAUGGCAAUGGCACAUUGCCUCAAGCAAUAUACCGACCCUUGAGAAUUGCCGAGAGAAAAAAUUAUUUCUUGGGUAUGCUACAAGCCUCUGGCAUAUUUUGUGGAGUAGAUCAAAAUUGAGAACUAGUGGUGAGCCAGGGAGUUCAUUACCGGUGGAUUCGAUCAUGGCUCGGUACCUUGCUCUUGAGAGUGGGAAGUUCUGGUUCCCAGCUCAGGUCUAUAACCGCGAGCAUGGGAAUAUUGGGUUUAUGCUGUCAUGUUAUGAUGCUGAACUUAGCUAUGAUUCCAGCACAGACUCCUUUAAGGCAAGGUACUCAACACAUGGAAGACGAACGGUUGAGGAAAAUAUCGUGUGGGAUAGACUAAGAGCACCGGCUGUCGAUAUUCCUGCACAUGUCCUUCAUGUCUCUGAUUGUUUAGAUGAUUUAAACCCAGGAGAUCAUAUCGAGAUUCAGUGGAGAAGAAACCAUGAGUUCCCUUAUGGUUGGUGGUAUGGAGUUGUUGGUCACGUUGAAUCAUGUGAAGGGAGCAGAACCCAUUGCCAAUGUCACAAUAGUGUUGGUUAUAUUCUCACAAACCACCUCAUGUUGACAGACACGGUAAUACUGGAGUUCAAACAGUACACCCUGGGGUCACGAUGGAGGACAGUGGCAAUAAAUAGGAAGCACCACAGAGAAGUAGGCAAUGCAGUCGAUGGCUUUUAUGGAGGAAUCAGAAAGCUUUACAAUGACAAAGAGAUCUCAAUUUGGCAGCACUUGUGGCCAACCAAAGUCUUGGAAUAGUACCCAAACAAGGCACGGCUUCCCUCACCACUCAAAGACUCCUCUGUAAAGAUAAGUGUUUUUAUUGGUUCCCCUUUUUUUGGUGGGUGUUAAUAGAAUCUCGAGUCAUACAAGUGGUAUCCAGGAGAUGUAGAGUUUUGGCAAGGUGUAUAAAGAAUUUUGAGUCGUACAAGUGUUUUCUAGGAGAUGAUAUCAUCAGACUUCAGUUUUCCUGUGGUAGAUUCCGAGCCCUCAAAUGAUACACGGAUAGAAUGUACGAAUAUAACAUGAAACAUGAACUUCUGGUAAACUGUCUGCUGCAGAUUAUUAGUUUCCCUGUUGAGUAAGAACAUCUUGUUUCAACAUAUGGCUCUAUUUUAUUUUUUUAUUUUUCUUUUUUAAUAUCCUGCUGAUAUAGAUGGAUGUGUAUCAACGAAUUCUUUGAAGAUUUGGUUAUUUUGUUGAUCAA